AUGAACGGGCCGAGGUCGAGCCAUUUCCCCUCCAUGCCGCCGCAGCCCAAGGCGGAGCUGUUCCCCGGCGGCCACCCCAACCUGGCCGCGACGCAGCACUUCGAGAUGAUGAUGUUUGGUCGUCAAGUGGCGGACAUAAUGCCUCGGUGUCUUCAUGACUUUGCCUCUACCGAUUCCGCCACGAAUAAUAACAAUACGAGCAUCGCUGUUGCCACUCCCACUACCACCACUAGUGCCUCCACUCCUCCGCUUAGUUGCUUAGAGGGUGAGACCGUAGGAUGCAUCGGUGGAGACGCCUCCACUGGAAGAUGGCCCAGACAAGAGACUCUCACUCUUCUUGAGAUCAGAUCUCGCCUCGACUCUAAAUUCAAAGAGGCUAAUCAAAAGGGUCCCCUAUGGGAUGAAGUUUCUAGGAUCAUGUCUGAAGAACAUGGAUAUCAAAGAAGCGGGAAGAAGUGCAGGGAGAAGUUUGAGAACCUGUACAAGUAUUACAAGAAGACAAAGGAGGGAAAAGCAGGAAGACAGGAUGGGAAGCAUUACAGGUUCUUUCGUCAGCUUGAAGCCUUAUACGGUGAAAACAGUAACCAAGCAUCGGUGCCAGAAACCAAUUUUGGCAGUAGCAGCCUUCGUUUCCACGCAAGCAUCCACAACCCUUCUCAAACAAAUCAAGAAAUGUUUCAGUCUCAGAAGCAUUGUGAUAGCCUAAGUCUCACCAACUCCACUGAUUUAGACACGUCAUCAUCGGAUGACAAUGAUCAGAAUAGCACUGGGGGACUCAAGGACAACGACUCCAUGGAGAAGAGGAGAAAGAGGGUGAGUGGAAGAAGCUGGAAGGUGAAGAUAAAAGACUUCAUUGACUCACAGAUGAGGAAGCUAGUGGAGAAGCAAGAGGAGUGGUUGGAUAAACUCACGAAGACACUGGAACAGAAGGAAAAGGAGAGGGUGUUAAGAGAAGAAGAAUGGAGGAGACAAGAAGCUGUAAGGUUGGAGAGGGAACACAAAUUUUGGGCUAAAGAGAGAGCAUGGAUUGAAGCCAGGGAUGCUGCUUUAAUGGAGGCUUUGCAAAAAUUAACAGGAAAUGAGAUUAUAAAGAGUACUCAAUCUCCCGAGGGUCUAAUGGUAACUGGAAUUCAAAACCACAGUGAAAACCUGAAUGAAGAUGGGAGUGAAAUACUAAAUAGUACAACUGCCAGGGGUGCUGAAAGCUGGCCUGAAUCUGAGAUUACAAGGCUUCAACAGUUGAGAACUGAGAUGGAUACAAGGUAUAUACAAAGUGGGUGUUCACAAGAGAUUAUGUGGGAGGAAAUAGCAACCAAAAUGGCUUGUUUUGGUUACGAAAGGAGUGCUUUGAUGUUCAAAGAAAAAUGGGAAAGCAUCAACAACUACGCAAGGAAUGCUAAGGAUGGAAACAAGAAGCGCAAGGAAGAGUCUAGAGGUUGUUUCUACUUCGAUAACAGUGACCAGUCUUCUCUGUAUAACCAAGGAGGGGCCUAUUGUGAUAUUAAUGAUCAAAGGCACGAGACUGGGAGGCUGCAAAAUGAUGGUACUUCACCUUCCAAUUCAAACGUUGGAAAUGCAGUUGCUGGUGACAACUGUUUUCCCUUCUUGAUGAAUGAGGGUGCAAACUUAUGGGAGAACUAUAGCUUAAAGGUUAAUAAAGCAAGCCAAAACCAGUGA